AUGGCUCAACCUAGUCCAGCACGAUCAGGUCAUGUCUACCUGAACGGACGGACACUGGAAGGAGGUGGACAACUAGUCCGCAUUGCCAUCGGACUGUCUGCUUUGACCGGACGUCCAGUCAGCAUUGACAAUAUUCGUGGAAACCGAAAAGGGAAGAAAGGGCUGAAGAGGUCCCAUGUCGCGGCAGUGCAGCUACUGGCUGAGAUCAGUGGCAGCAAGAUAUCCGGAGGCGAAGUUGACUCUCAGGUCUUGAAUUUCUUUCCUCAAUCACCGAGAUCACGGAAUGGUCCCCUGGUCGAUCGUUCUCAAGUGACUGUGAAGUCCAAAUACGACAUCGAACUCACAACGGCUGGCUCCAUCUGCCUCAUCUUCCAAGCCCUCUACCCUUACCUGCUUCACAUUGGGUCGCAAGCCUCCGCCCCGUUCAUCCAAGUCAAGAUGACUGGAGGAACCAACACCUCAAAGUCACCAUCGUUCGACUAUCUCUCUCAAGUUAUUCUGCCUAACUUCGAGAAGCUAGGGCUUCCUCCAGUGUCCGUCGCGCUUGAAAGGCGUGGGUGGUCAUCUGGGCCGUACCCCCUUGGAAUAAUUGUAUUCUAUAUCCAAUCACUGGGGUCGAGAUAUCCAUCGAUUAACUGGAAUGAUUUCUCGAAAGAUGGAGAUGAAGAGAGGAGCGCAUACCCAAGCAAAUUUCCAAAAAUUGACCUGAUGGCACACGAACCUGGCAAGAUCACGCAAAUUGAUCUUACAGACUUAGCACCAGAUUACAAAACGAUAUACUCUGAUGUUAUUGUUGAAGAAGAAGAAACCCUGCUGGAGUACAUCGAGCAAACCACCAGACAAGAGCUGCGUCGUGCAAUGAACAAGGUCAAUCCAUCGGUAUUCAGAGCGCCACGAAAGUCCUCGCACCAUGAGGACUCUUUGAAUGGUGACACUGAGCCAAAAUCCCCAGUUCCCAUCCGGGUUCAUACCUCAGAGCGCACAUGGCAUGAAAGUCACGUAUACAUCCUUCUCGUCGCGCAUACCUCUUCCGGAUUCCGAAUUGGACAUGAAGUUCUCAGUUCUCUGGGAAACAAAAGACCCACAAAGCCAAAAACGAAAGGGAGGGACAAGCAGCGCCCCGCCAACGAUGAUUGGCGGCGCAAGUUGAAGAGUGAUCUGUUCAACGGAGCCACCGAAUUGAUCAAGCGCUGCGUGGAAGGUUUCAUCCAGGAAAUCUCAAACGGAAUCUCGGUCGACGAAACAGACAAAGAAAAGCCUUUUGCGAGAAAGGCCUGUCUAGACCAGCACAUGAGAGACCAGAUUGUUGUUUUUGAGGCUCUUGGCGAAGCCUGUCACGCCGGGACAAUCUCCGAAGCAGCCGACGGCACGCCUCGAGAAGACGGUCGAGACUGGACGUUGCACACGCGGACGGCACAGUGGGUAUGUCGGCAAUUUUUAGGAGACCAAAGCAUAAGCAGUGUUUGA